AAACAUAUUGUGUUACAGAAACGUAUCGGAGUUCAAUAUUAAAAAAAUUUGUGUAAUUCAGAGUAGUUGAAAAAAUCGUGGAAAAUCUGUUUGAGAAGUGUAAUUUUGAAUUUAAUAAUUAUAAACAAUGCUGGAAGUUUUUCUAUACGCAGUGUUACUCAUCAGUGGCCUUUUCAUCGGAUUGACUGUAGCAUUUUAUACGUGGUAUGCUAGUCUCGAAAGUACAAAAGCGUAUAAUCGUUUACCUAAUAUUAAAGUACAUCUAAUAAUAACAUAUUGGAAAGAAUUAAAGAAAAUGUAUUCCACAAAGCAACCCUUGGUGUUUUUUAACCAGUACCUCUGCGCUUUUUGCAAAGCGUACGAAAGGGAGAAAAUAUGUCAAGCUUGGAUAGCAAUUCUUCCCAUUGUUUUCUUCUUCAAACCAGAAACUGUUGAGGUUUUGCUGAAUAAUUCCGCCAUGAAUACAAAAUCGACUGAAUACCGCUUUUUAGAACCAUGGCUUGGAACAGGUCUCCUUACAAGCUCGGGAGAAAAAUGGCGAACACGCAGAAAGUUACUCACACCCUCCUUCCAUUUCCGAAUUUUAAUGGAUUUUCUGGUUAUUUUCAACGAGCAGUCGCAAGUGUUAGUGAAAAAAAUUGGAUCUUUAGGAAGUAAUUCUGCCACAGAUAUCGUGCCUCUAAUUAAAAUGUGCACAUUAGACAUAAUUUGUGAGACAGCUAUGGGUGUACACAUUAAUGCGCAAUUGGGAGGAUGCAGCGAAUACGUCACUGCCAUAAAUGAGAUAAGUGACACCUUUUUAUACAGACUACUGAGACCUUGGCUGUGGAAUGAAUUCAUAUACUGCUAUUUCUUCCCUUCAGGCUGGAAACAUCGAAAAAAUUUAAACCUUGUCCAUCAAUUUACAAGAAAGAUGAUAAAAGAAAAGAAAGAGUUUUUACUGAAAAAUUAUACCUCGCAGUCUAAGAAUGAAAUGGAAACAAGAAGAAAAGCAUUUUUGGAACUUCUCUUGGAAAAUCAUUUUAAAGAUGACAAAUUUACCGUAGAAGACGUGAGAGAAGAAGUCGAUACAUUUAUGUUUGAGGGUCAUGAUACUACUGCAAUGGGAAUAAGUUGGGCACUGUACAAUCUAGGAUUGUAUCCUGACAUACAACGGAAAGUCAUUGAGGAACUGGACAGUAUUUUGCAAGAGGAUAAAGAAAGAUCCAUAUCUUUUGAUGAUCUUUCAGCUAUGAAGUACAUGGAAUGUGUUAUCAAGGAAAGCCUUCGACUUUUUCCACCUGUGACUUUUAUUGGUAGAAAUUUGAAUGAAACCAUAACUGUCAUGAACUAUGAAAUCCCAGCUGGAACUAAUUGCGUCAUCGUUAUAUCAAUGAUUCAUCGAGAUCCAGAAAUGUUUCCCAAUCCAGAAAAGUUUGAUCCUGAUAGAUUUCUGCCAGAAAAUAGCGUCGGUAGACAUCCAUUUGCUUAUAUACCUUUUUCAGCUGGUCCAAGAAAUUGCAUUGGUCAAAAAUUUGCUCUGAUGGAGGAAAAGGUUGUCAUUGCUCAAAUUCUGCGAAAAUUUCAAUUGAUUUCGUUGGAUCCUUUAGAUAGAAUAGAUAUUAUGACGGGACUCGUAUCUAAGAAUGUUCAGCCUCUAAGAAUGCGUUUCAUUCCAAGAGAUUAGUUUUUAAUUGCGUCUAUAGUAAGAUGCUGCAAUUACUACAGCUGUACUGAUUGAUUUUAACUUUGGGACAAGUGUUUUUAUCAUUUUUACCCAGCUGCAAUUACUAGAGCUGUUCUGAUUGCUUUUAACUUUGGGAUGAGUAUUUUAUCACUUUUAUACAUCUGCAAUUACUACAGCUGUGCUGAUUGAUAUUAACUUCGGAACAAAUAUUUUUAUCAUUUUUACAUAGCUGCAAUUACUACAGCUGUACUGAUUGGUUUUAACUUUAGAACAAUUAUUUUUAUCAUUUUUACCCUAUUAGUUUAUUAUAUUUUAACAUUAAAAGCUUUCUUUUUUUUUUUACUUUUCCUGAGAUUAGUAUGUUAUUUUGUUUUUUAUCUAAUGUCUACUCUGUUCUAUCUACUAUGUAUAAAUGAAAACUGAGAAAAACCUUUUGCUGAAAUUGAAAAGUCUCUUGUGGAAAUAAAAUUUAUGCGUUAUUGUUCAAA